AUGGACGAGUCUGACGUCCUCUCACUCUGGGAGACCAAGGGGGAAGCAGACAUCCUUCUCACAAUGGGCGCCAACAAGUGGCAGCUCCAUGAAAACAUCAUUCGCGGCAAGAGCGGUCUCAUCGACCACAUUCUCGACCUCAACAAGCCACUACAGCAAAAAGGUAUCCGAAAGAUCGCGUUGAAGGAGCAUGCCUUCACAGCCUCGGCUCUCGAAGUCACCCUGAAGUCCUUCUACGUUGGGGAUGGCGUUUUCGACGGAAAAACAGAUGUUAUAGAGCUUCUUGCGAUUUACGAUGUAUCGGUCACCCUCGCAGUAUCAGCACUUCAGCAGCUUAUCGCUCCUCGGAUCGGCAACCUUCUCCGCGACAUACUGACAAGCCGAAUCGAUCUUAUCGACGAUUUCAUAAUCGCGACCGAUGUCAUCGUGAGUGAGGAAGCUGAAACGUGGGCAAUCAUGCGUCAAGAGCUUCAAAAAGCCAUAGGCCCUCACAUCGGUAUGCUUUUCUCGCAGCAAGAGUUCACAAACCUUGUGAGGACAAAUCAGACCUUUUGCUUUGAGACACUGUUUACCGCAAUUGCGCGGAUUGAUGUUCUGGAGAAAGGCGCUGGAGAUUCCAAUGAUCCGAGCAACUUACCAGACGACGGUGAUGCGGUUCGGUCCAGCUCUAGUCCCAGAGCGGUCUCUUGUAAAGGUAGCCCACAAGACUCUCCGGGCGCACUCAAGUCAUCCCAGGAGCGUGCAACCGUGCCAUCUACCAGCGACAGUAUGUCCGACUCAGAUAAAUCGACACACUGGGAAUCCUGUAGUGAAGGCGCCACAACAUCUGCCUCUCGUACGCAAAAGGUGCGAGCUUCAGGAUUAUCAACUCCGGUCACUCUACGGACGGGUACCUCAACGCCCCCAACGAUUUCCGGACACACUAUUGAGCAAAGGCCUGUAUCCUCGCGAGCGGUCGAGCGAGCACGAACUCCAUAUGCGUUGAGUAGAUUCAGCAUCUCCCAGACGAAGGAGCCUGCUGCUACCAAUCUUGAGCGGACCAGCCACGCAUAUGUUUUCGGCGGCUCCAGCGUUCCGCGCGACUUCCAAUUUUCUGGUGCCAUCCAGACAGAAGAAACUAAGUCCACGAGCACCGGAACAAAACCCAAGUAUGGGCAGAAUAAUGCUACCCCGCAUUAUUCUUCACCGAGCAACCAAACUCGCGGCCCUUCGUCUCGCAAAUCGGGCGUGAAGAAUGCACCUCAACUUGACCCUGUUAAUACAGCACGUCAGGUCAAAAAGGGCAGACUUGUUGUUGUUGAGCCAACUAACGGUCAACUCUCUUCAUCGGAUAGAGUCCUCCUUGGCGGGCCUCGUAUCGAAUGCAAUCCUUCUUGA